AUGCAGCCCUGCAGCGUCGAGUCCGUGCGCGUGGGCGCAAUCAUCGAGGAGGCGCUCGAGAAACUUUCGUUCCUGGCGUCCAUCACGCCCGAUAUUGUGGCCCAUCGCGACGAGCUCUCCCAGACCGUCGGCGAUGAGAUCACUCGCAUCCUUGCGCAGCAGCGGACGCUCGAGUCGCGGUACGAGGAGUUGGUGGGGCAGCGGCUCGCGCUCAAGGCGAUGUCGAACAAGCGCUAUAAGGAGAACCAGGACGAGGUGCGCACCGUCGCGCGCGCGCUUCGGGAGUCCACCAAUGAGCUUUGCCGCAACCUCAAGGGCAACCCAAACAUCGCUGAGAACCUCCCCAAGGUCCAACACGGCACGCUCGCCACGCUCGAGGUGCUCGAGUUCGACGCGCUGCAGCUGGGCCGCUCGCGCGUGCUCACCGCGCCGCCCGCAUGCAAGCACCUCACCGGCCGGGAGUACCCCUCGCUCGGCGGCGCUGCGCACGACAUCCACCAGCAGCUCUACGGCACCGGCCGGUGCGAUUACCUCGUCGCGUACGAGUCGUACGUGACGGGGCUUGGCGCGCAGCACAUACGCGCGCUCGGCACGUCGCGCACGCCGGUCCGCCGGCACGGUGAGAGGCAGAGCUUUACCGCCUACUCGCCCUUCCUCGCGACGACGCCCGUUCAGGUGCUGCGCGAUGCGAACGGCCGCGGGCGGUGGAUACCGGUCGGGUGGCUGCGGCCGCUCGCGCGGCUCGCGACGCCGCCUCGUGGGGCGCAGCACGGCGGCGGCAGCCCGAGCGGCUACGCGAGCGGGAAGGAGGGAGGCGAAGGGCUGGUGGUGCUGCUCGACGCCUCGCGCGCCACGCGCCACGCGGCCGCCGACGCCGAGAUGCCGCGCGAGGUGGUCGAGGUGCAGGCUGGCACCGACGGCGGCCUGUCCAAGGUGAUCAUCGUGCGGCCCAUCCACCCGUCUGCCCGGCGGGACGAGGGCCACACCGAGCGGCUCAGCAGCGCCGACAUCGAGCCGCUUGCGCGCGGCUUCGCGGCGCUCUGGCACAAGUAUAAGGACGGUCACGAUACGAUGAUGUACGAGGCGCUCAUCAUGGCCAUCAAGCAGCAGGCGUGCGCGGAGACGAUUGUGGAGCCGAGCGCGACGGUGUUUCGCCAAUCGGUUCCGUCUUCGGAGCCCGUGCCGGUCGAGCUGAGGACGGGUGAGGCCGCCCCGAGCGAGCAGGCCUCCGCUGCCCUCGCCGACGGCGACGAGACAGUCAAGGUUGGCAUGGUUGGCUUCAUCCCCCGCUUGCACGCCACCCUGCCCUUUGUGGUUGCGACGGUCGGCAAGGACGAUCCCGGCCGCGGCAGAAUCAUGUUUGUGUGGCCCUGCGUCGCGGAGGGGUGCGAGCGGCCGCUCGAGGCGCGCGGCGGAGAGCUGGAGCCGCUCGACGCGCACUUUGACCGCUUGUGGCGCAACGGCACGGACGCGAGGAACGCGCAGAUCCUGCGGGGGCUGGAGGAGGCGGUGCGGUUGGAGGCAAGGCGGCGCGGAGAGAGCGGAGAGGUUGUGUUUCGGGCGCUCGUGCCGCACAAGGACGUGCCGGUGCCAGCCGCGUGUCACCGGCCGCAGUAA